GCCUGGCUCUGAAGCGGAGGAGUAUAAUCGUAACUGGGGUUGUCACCGCCGCUGGCCCUAGAUGCGCUUCAUCCGGUUUUCCCUCAGUGACUAAACUAGGAGGGGAGGAAGCAACAGUGGCAACAACGAACUAGCAGGCGACGCAACCCUCUGAAGGGCCGAGUGGGGCCGCCUCAGGAGGAAACGCCCCCCGGCCUUCCUCCUCAUAAUCGAGAAGGGGGUCGAGCGCCGCCGCCCAGGCCUGCCUCGACUUGUUUGUAAAUGCCUGGCAAACAGGUAGCCAAGAAUGAAGAAAGCAAACCGGACUGUUGGUUCAGCACCCAAAGUCCCAGGGAUAGGUAAAAUACAAACAGUAGAAAAAGUUAAGUCAGAAAACGGGUCCACAGUAUCUGUAGUAGCGAAACUUUCAAAAACUGGAACAGCAGCAACUUUAUUAAAGACAAAGAGCAAUGAUGAUCUUUUAGCUGGGAUGGCUGGUGGGAUUACUAUGAGCAACGGUGUGAAAGGAAAGAAGAGUACUUGCACUUCUACAGCACCUCCCACUGCAGGGACCACUAUGAACAACUUGGAGAACAAACCCAAACCUAUUACAGGUUCAAGUUCUGUAGCCAAACGUAACACUUCAUCUGGAAAUAAAGAAUCUAGCUCUUCUCGGGAAAGAAUUCGUGACCGUUCCCGGCUGACUCAAAGUAAAAAACUGCCGCUAACAGGACAGACCAGCAAUGAUCCAAUCCUUGCCAAGCGCUCCCGUAGUCGUACUAAUCCAGACUCUGAUAUUCGAAUGACCAAGUCUAAAUCAGACAAUCAGAUCAGUGACAAAGCUGUUUUGGAAGCAAAAGUGAAAGAUCUUUUAACAUUAGCCAAAACGAAAGAUGUAGAAAUCUUGCAUCUAAGGAAUGAGCUCAGAGAGAUGCGUUCUCAACUAGGCCUUAAUGAAGAUCAGUAUGAGGGGGAUGAAAAAUCUGAAGAAAAAGAAACCAUUGCUGUCCACCAGCCAACUGAUGUAGAAUCCACGUUACUGCAUUUACAAGAACAAAACUCUGCCAUCCGGGAGGAACUCAACCAAUUGAAAAAUGAGAAUCGGAUGUUGAAGGAUAGGUUAAACGCAUUAGGGUUUUCUCUGGAGCAAAGACUGGAUAACACUGAAAAACUAUUUAGCUACCAGUCCUUGAGCCCAGAAAUUGCAGCUGGAAACCACAGUGAUGGUGGGGGCACCCUUACUUCUUCAGUGGAAGGUUCUGCUCCUGGUUCAGUAGAAGACCUUUUGAGUCAGGAUGAGAACACCUUAAUGGACAAUCAACAUAGCAACUCCAUGGAUAAUUUGGACAGUGAGUGCAGUGAAGUGUAUCAGCCACUCACUUCAAGUGACGAUGCCUUAGAUGCUCCAUCAUCUUCGGAGUCUGAGGGUGUGCCAAGCAUAGAAAGAUCAAGAAAGGGGAGCAGUGGCAAUGCAAGCGAAGUAUCGGUGGCUUGUUUGACAGAACGGAUACAUCAGAUGGAAGAGAACCAGCAUAGUACAGCUGAAGAACUUCAAGCAACUCUUCAGGAACUUGCAGACUUGCAGCAAAUUACUCAAGAAUUGAACAGUGAAAAUGAAAGACUUGGAGAAGAAAAGGUUAUUCUUAUGGAAUCCUUGUGCCAGCAGAGUGACAAGUUAGAACACUUCAGUCGACAGAUGGAAUAUUUCCGAUCACUUUUAGAUGAGCAUCAUAUCUCUUAUGUUAUCGAUGAAGACAUGAAAAGUGGGCGGUAUAUGGAGCUAGAGCAACGUUACAUGGACCUUGCAGAGAAUGCACGUUUUGAAAGAGAACAGCUCCUUGGAGUCCAACAGCAUCUGAGCAACACUCUCAAAAUGGCAGAACAAGAUAACAAGGAAGCCCAGGAGAUGAUAGGAGCACUGAAGGAACGGAAUCACCAUAUGGAGCGAAUUAUUGAGUCAGAACAGAAGAGCAAGAACACUCUAGCAGCCGCUUUGGAUGAGUACAAAGCCACAGUAGCUAGUGAUCAGAUUGAGAUGAACAGGCUGAAAGCUCAGUUAGAGCACGAAAAACAGAAGGUAGCCGAACUGUAUUCCAUACACAAUUCUGGUGACAAAUCAGAUAUACAAGACUUACUAGAAAGUGUCAGGCUUGACAAGGAAAAAGCAGAGACAUUAGCCAGCAGCCUACAAGAGGAGUUAGCUCAUACGCGCAAUGAUGCCAAUCGCUUGCAAGACACCAUUGCAAAGAUAGAAGAUGAAUAUAGAGCUUUCCAAGAAGAAGCUAAGAAGCAAAUUCAGGAUCUGAAUAUGACUUUAGAAAAGCUUCGGGCAGAGCUGGAAGAAAAAGAAACUGAAAGGAGUGAUAUGAAGGAAACCAUAUUUGAAUUGGAGGAUGAAGUAGAGCAGCAUCGAGCUGUAAAACUACAUGACAAUCUCAUUAUAUCAGACUUGGAGAAUACUGUAAAAAAGCUUCAAGAUCAAAAGCAUGACAUGGAAAGAGAGAUCAAAACUCUGCACAGGCGACUCAGGGAGGAGUCUGCAGAAUGGCGGCAGUUCCAAGCUGAUCUACAGACUGCUGUGGUCAUAGCAAAUGAUAUAAAAUCUGAGGCUCAGGAAGAAAUUGGGGACUUAAAGCGCAGGCUCCAUGAAGCUCAGGAGAAGAAUGAGAAGCUAACAAAAGAGUUGGAAGAAAUAAAAUCACGCAAGCAGGAGGAAGAGCGUGGUCGUGUUUACAACUACAUGAAUGCUGUUGAAAGGGACUUGGCAGCUCUGAGGCAAGGGAUGGGGUUAAGUCGCAGGUCAUCCACUUCUUCAGAGCCAACGCCCACUGUAAAAACUCUCAUCAAAUCCUUUGAUAGUGCCUCACAAGUUCCUAGUCCGGCUGCAACUGCAAUUCCUCGUACUCCUUUGAGCCCAAGCCCUCUGAAAACACCUCCUGCAGCUGCAGUAUCUCCAAUGCAGAGACAUUCCAUAAGUGGACCAAUAUCUACUUCUAAACCACUCACGACUCUGUCCGACAAAAGACCAAGUUAUGCAGAAAUCCCUGUCCAAGAUCAUCUGCUGAGAACUUCUUCCACCAGCAGACCAGCUUCUUUGCCAAGAGUGCCUGCCAUGGAAAGUGCCAAAUGUAUUUCUGUGUCUCGGCGGAGCAGUGAAGAAAUCAAGAGAGACAUUACUGCUCCUGAUGGAGCAACUCCAGCCUCUCUCAUGGCCAUUGGGACCACUUCACCACAACUUUCACUCUCGUCUUCCCCUACAGCAUCUGUCACCCCUACAACACGUAAUAGAAUAAGAGAAGAAAGGAAAGACCCGUUAUCUGCUUUGGCAAGAGAAUACGGAGGUUCCAAGAGAAAUGCUUUAUUGAAGUGGUGUCAGAAGAAGACAGAAGGCUAUCAGAAUAUUGAUAUCACAAACUUUAGCAGCAGUUGGAACGAUGGAUUGGCUUUCUGUGCUGUUCUCCAUACUUACCUCCCAGCUCACAUUCCCUAUCAAGAGCUAAACAGUCAGGAUAAGAGGAGAAAUUUCACUCUGGCUUUCCAAGCAGCAGAAAGCGUUGGCAUCAAAUCCACUUUGGACAUUAACGAGAUGGUACGAACAGAGCGUCCGGACUGGCAAAAUGUCAUGCUAUAUGUUACAGCAAUUUACAAAUACUUUGAAACCUGAGAGCCUGAUAACAAGGAAGAAUAUCAGGGAACACCAAAAUCCAACUUGAUGCAGUAAUCUCGAGGGGCACGGUCCACAUCCCUCAGUCUCCAGUGAAACUCCUACUGUCUAUUUUGAGUGGCUUUUGUGAACAAAGUUUUGUUAUAAUGCUUGUGGAAAACCUAAAUAGCUAAACUAGCUGGAUUAAGUUGUUAGUCCAGAAAUCUUGAACUAUAAGAACAGCCUUGUACAGACCUGAAGCUCUCCUACUUUUAAGGAAGAGAAGUGAACUGAGUGGAUACCACAGAAUAUGCAAGAUUUAAAUGGACAGCUGAAAGUAAGAGAUCUGUAUAAUAAAAUCACUUAGACCUUUCUUCACAAAAUGCCCACAAAUAUUGGGUAGAUCGUCUGCUCAUGGCACUCCCAAGUUAUGAGAACAAGUUACCUAUAAUCUAGUUAUUGCCUUAUAUCUCCACCUCAGCCAAGAGCACAACUUUUAUACGGAAUAAGAGGUUUGGUGUAUGUUUUUCCCCUAUGUCAAGCUAAUCUGAUUGAAGAUUGGUGUUGAUUUUGAGCUGAGAGUGGCUCAGUGAAAAAAGGACAUGAGUUUAAGCCUACCUCUACUCAUCAAUAAUGGCUUCCAACUUUAUUACUGGAUGAACUCCAGCAGUAGCACACAGUCCCCAACUUUCAGGACAUGACCAUAUUUUUGUUCUCCUCGAGGAAUCGUCUCUGUGUGGAUUUUACUUUCUUCUCCCUGACCCAUGGUUGACAAAGUGAAAUAUUUCCUUUUCAGAUGAUAUAGUAUUAAAUGAGUAGAACAUAAUUGUUUUGGUCGUUACAUAGGGGGUCUGCUCCUUUUUUAAAAAAAGGAGAAGUUUAGUUUGUUGCCACUGUGGUCAGCUAGCUUUGCAAUGUGUUCUGAUCUGUCAAGAGCUUCUGCUGCAUAUCCAAAGUCUAGUUGAAAGGGGUUUCCGUGAUUUUCCCUCACAGGCCUUGUUGAAAUGAAUAGAACUUGCCCAGCAGUAUUACUUGGUAGGUCAUGUGUAUUAGAUUAAACUUAUUUUUAUAUAAAGUUAACCAUGCCAUCCUAAACAGAGUUCCACCUUUUUAAGCACAUUGACUUCCGUGGGCUUAGAAGUGGACCUCCACUUAGGAUGACGUUGUAAAGCUGGCAAGGGAAGAAAAUGCAAAGCCUACCUUGAUUCUUGUAUUGUGUUAUUGGAUCCACCUAGCAAAAGUAUCUGGGUGAAAACUAUUUGUGCAAGUGCCUUACUUGCCCCAAGCUGAGAGAAGCUGCGACUCCAGGGCAUUGAACAGAAGAUUUACCAAUUCCUAUGGAUGAAGGGCUUCUAUGAUUCACUCCUUCAGAAAUCAUGAAAGUCUUCUCCUGCCAUGAAACAGUUCAGCCACAGUGGAGAUCUUGGAACUGUCAUUGCUGAGGGUUUUGUUUGUUUGCUAAUGAACUCUGUUAGCCUUUGUUUAUAAAUGUACUUAGCUGUUUUCUACUCCACAGGCCAAUUAGGCAUACUAAUUUUGCAAUUAUUUCUGUAUAUUGGAGCUCUUAAAGGACACUUCGAAUGUCAUAGGUGUGUGAAUUCAGGAAUGUAAGCCAGAUCCUGGAAUGGUUAUCAAAGGAUCCCCAGGGCAGGGUACAGAUGCUAGAACAGUAUCUUGAAGGUGGCCAGAAUGAACUCUGGAAAAUGUAGCUAGAAUCAGUUUCAUUGUGCCUCUAGUAAAUGCUCCAUUUUGAACAUGGUACAAGGACUACAGCGAAACUUGUUCAUGGUGAUAAAAUGCCUUUCUGGGGCACCUCUUUUUUUCUAACGACUUCUUUUCAGGUCUGCUGCUGACAUUAAGGAUUGCUUCAAGUCCCUAAAAUACUUCAGCCUGCGAAUAAACAGGAUUAACAUUUCCCAAUAAAGGGAGUAAUAUUACAAAAUCAUUUUUUUGUCCCAUCAAAAAUUGUAAAUGGAACUUGCCCUUUUACAUUUUUCCUUUUUGUUCAAUCCUAAAACUAGACACUAAAACAUCUUUGCCACUUUAUUGCUAAGUCCACCACUCUGGUACAAAGGAGAGUGCAUCACUUUAUUGCCAAUGAACUAGACAGUAGCUUGCUCUGCAGUGGUGCUUGUUUUAUUUAUUGCAUUGUAUUGCAUUGUAACUGAAGAAACAUAAGAGACCUCUUUCCUCUACAUCCAAUGAUUGAGCUUCAGCCAUUGGUAAUGGGACACAUUUUGACCAGAAUCCUGUUCAUAAACUUGCUGAUGCAACUUCAGCUGUGCAAUUAAAUGACAUGGACUUGGAUGAAAGGGGGAGCUUAAGUUAUGAAGGAAGCGAGGGGCAAACAAGUCAUCAUUUUGGUUUGGAAGUUGGUGUAUGGAGCAAAGCUAACUGUCGGUUGUGUCCUUGCACUGAUUGUCUGAAACUUUGUUGGCGUGAAGUCUGAACUUUAGAGUGAUAAAUUAUUUCAUCAAGAGAAGGUCUCAGAGGGAUGGAAUGAAUUUUUUAAUCCCUCUGAACAGCAGAAGAGGGGCUCGAGGAGAGGAGCUCUGCUCUUGGUUUGAUAUCUACAAAACUUAUCUUGAGAAGGCAUUACUCAGCUCAUUACCUUUAAAAAGACCAAUUAAAUUACACUUUAUUGUAAAAUGCAUUCUUGCUCUCUUCAAUUUUUGUUCUAUUAAAUAUUUUUAAAUAUAGGGUAAAAA